AUGCCUGCUAAAACAUUCGACGAUGUCGAUGACAUGGACUUCGAGGGCCAGGACCCUAACGGUCUCAUCAACUACAACGACGCCAUCUCCUAUUGGCUGUCAGUGCCAGCCUCUGUCAACGGAGUUCUCGGAGGUUUUGGAGAACAGACUCCAGUUCCAAAGGCGGACAUCAUUGGGUCUGGAACCUUCUUGAGAAAGCUCAAAACUCGUAUGGAGUGUCCUCCAGAUAUGGAGAAGCUCACCAUAGACAUGGGAGCCGGUAUUGGCCGCAUUACCCGAGACUUGUUAUGGAAAGUCAGUGACAAAUGUGAUUUGCUUGAGCCAGUGCAGCCAUUUGUGGCUCAGAUGGAGAAUGAGCUUGUAGAUGUGGCCCAGAAGGGUAAGUUGGGCGAUAUUUACCCGAUUGGAAUGCAAGAGUGGCUGUGUGACCCCAGCAAACUCGGCAAGUAUUGGCUCGUUUGGUGUCAGUGGUGUGUUGGCCAACUUCCAGAUGACGAGUUGGUCAAGUUGUGGGUUCGUUGUAAGGAAGCUUUGAUGCCCAACGGAACCUUGGUAGUGAAGGAGAACAUUGCACCUGUGGAAGAUGUGUUUGAUUCUACGGACCUGAGUGUUACUAGAACCGAUGCCAAGUUCCGUGAAUUGUUUCAGUUGGCUGGCUAUAAGUUGAUUGCCAGCGAGGUCCAGAAGGGAAUGCCCAAGGAGUUGUACCCCGUGCGGAUGUACUGUCUCAAGGCAUUGUAA